AUCCAAUAUACAUAUAGUCUAUUCUUCAUUAUUUAUUACAUCAUAUUUGUUUGAAAAAUUUCCACAGUUCAGGCUCUAUAUUCAAAAUAAAUUGUUUAGAACCCAGAAAAAUCUGAAACUCAAGUCAUGGAUUGGUCUGAUAGCCUCAAUAUUCACAGCCUGAAAACAAUUGAGACACUUCAGGAGAAGCUGUCAUCAUGGGAGUCAUGGAUUGUUCGUGUGAGUGUUGUUGGUGACAACAGAGAAGCAUUUGUCUUCUUUUUCCCCAUGUUGUCUGGCCUGAGCAUCUUAUGUGGUGCCAAGUUGCUAUGGGCAGCUAUCUUGGUGGAGUGGUCCAACGUCAUAAUGAAAUGGGUUUUUCGUGGUGAUCGCCCAUUUUGGUACGUGCAAGAAACACCUUUCUUCAAUAACGAAACUCGUCCAGUUUUGCGCCAGUUCCAUAACACCUGCGAAAGUGGUCCUGGGACUCCUUCUGGUCAUCUCAUGAUGAAUGUAGCCAUAUUCUACAUCUUUACAAGAAGCAUCUGCCAGCUCUUCAUUUGGGACAAUAGGUUUCUAAGCCGAAAGAUGCAACGCUCGUUGGCUACUGGUCUGUUCUCCACAUACUCAACCUGGAUAGCUCUAGUCUUUUUGUCACGUCUCUACAUCCAGGCUCACUUCAUCCACCAGUGUGUCCUUGGCGUCCUUGCUGGCAUGGUUGUUGGAGAAUUUUGCUGGAGGUGUGAUUCGUUGAACAAUCUCGGUUUGUUGAGAAGCAUUCUCCUUGCCUUCUUUUUCUUCAUUUCCACAGGUACAGUAUGGAUGAGUCUGGUGAAGUUAGGCUAUGACCCGAUGUGGUCGGUGGCCAAAGCUCUGAAGCAUUGCUAUGAUCCCGUCCACGUGAGGGUUGACGCUCAACCCUUCUUCAUCAUGGCCAGGUUCACGGGAUCUGCCCUGGGUCUGGGACUGGGCAUGUCUUCUCAGUUGGGCCAGCAGGCGGUGCUCGCUCCUGGCCACUUGCUGCGCACGCUGCUGGCCUGCAUCCUGCUGGCUGGACUGCCCACUCGCGAGAUGUCGCAGUACCUGACGCUCGGCCUCGGUGUGCACGCGGCGCUGCCCUACACCAUCAUCACCACGGUCCCCUACAUCCUAACGCGCCUCUUGCCUCAGUCAACGACCACAAUCAAGAAAAAGAACAAUUAAUUACUUCGAUUUAUACGAGCUAUUAAAUUGGGGGCAGAAGGUUAUACUGUACUCAGGAAAUCUGCUGGAUUAGUUCGUAUGUUUAUUGCUUUCAGUUCUCAAUGGAGACGAGCGUAUCAAACUUCACCAAAUGAAGAUGCGUUGCUCCUCUGGUGAAAGAUUUACUGUCAUCCUCAGCGAUCUCGCUGCAAGUGUUCGAAUUUCUCCUUGUUGCUCUGGUUAACGAUAAUAUUUCUGCUUUCAUCGGCACAUGUCUUUGGUUCGAACAUGUCAUUUAAAUAUAUACAAUCGGUGUUGUGAUGUGGUAGACAAUUAAUAUGGGCUUUCACGUGCUGUGCUAGCUCGUGUCGAUUACGGUGUAAAUUCAAUUAUUCACAAUUGCCCAGCCUCUAGCUCAGCCUUCAGUCUAGUCAGCUGCAGUAUUGUUCAGCGAAACACUUUUUAUUAAGAUUAUUUAAGAUUAUUAUUAAUUAUUGAAAAUCGAACCCAGCAGUAAAGAUUUAGUUGCGGCGGUGAAUGUAAAAGAUAGUGAUAGUGGCUCACUAGUAUUUGUUGUGGUAACGAUGAUUCAUGUAUUUUCGCCUCAAUACUCGUGCAUGUGCAAGCAAUUUUUUGUGCUGCGUUGACUGUGUUAGCAGAAGUCUUCCAUUGCAGCUAGACAGUGCAGUUUAACUUAGAACUCAAGAUUAUGGAGACCUUGUAAUGAACUUGACAAGCUGAUCUUAGAAAAUAUAUUUUCGAGCAGGUUAGUGCACUGUGAUUAAUAUUUUUCUCAUGAUGUUAGCAAAGCUCGGGCAAACCUGCGCCAGUGAUGUUGGGAUUUAAGUGAGGGUUAAAUUGAAGGUCCUAAACCUUGAACUGCUGACGUCAAGUUCGCUGAAUUGAUUAUUGUUAGUCUGGGCAAGUAUUUGUUAAUAGAAGUCAGGACAUUGUUUGGAAACUUCAAAGACAUUUGAAUUUGUCACAUAUUGUUGAAUGGCGACGCAUUGCAUUUCUUGCAUUGCUAACGGCCAUCAUCUUGUCUUGUGAUUAUUACUAAGCGUUGAUGUUUCGCUCCUCGAGUGCUUUGAUGUCCAGCCUCAAUAUAGUCGAUGAGCAUUUAUUCUGCUGGAAAAUAACGCAGCAUCUCGUGCAACAAUGUCACGGCCGAAGUUAUUAUUUGUAGACCGUGAAGUAAAGCUUUGUUUCGCCGGCACAAUCAUUAGGAUAUUUACGUUGCGAGUUCAGUGUGUGUCCUUUAACUGUUAUUUAUUUAUACUAAUACGUUUUCAUACCCUGAUCUCCUACGUGUGCAAUGUAAUAUUAAUAUUUUGUUCUACAUUUCGAAAGCUUUAUACCAGUUUUUUUACAAAUGUUGCAUGAUAAUGCGUCUUCAGCAACCUUUUUGUGUUCAGAUACGUGGCAUUAAUGGAAAUGAAUCAUUCGAAAUUUUUCGCAAUGACGAGUUCUGUAGUUUGAAGCGUGUCUUUUCAGUAGCUUUCGCAUUUUUUUUUUUUCGCAAAGCAGUAAUAGUUGUGCUCAACUUAGGCAGCAGUUGGCAGCGUGACUAAUUCUGGCAGCAGUUGACGGUGACCAACUCAAUACUUUUGGCGACAGUUUGUGUAAUCCUCUGCAGAUUUGAUGUCGUAAUCCUCUUUGCAGAUUUGAUGUCGGUUUCUAAAACGUCCACUAUGCCGCCAUGUUCGUAAGAUUAUUUUGAAUUUGACUAAUUUGACGCCAAGGUUUCAUCUUUCUUUGCCCACAUUCGAACAGGCAUCACAUGUUAACGUUUUUCCAGGUUUAAUCUAUGAGUUCAUAAAUGGAAAUAAGAUCAAAGUGGUUACCAGCAGACUUGAUACUCGAAUAAACUGCGUACAUUUAAAGAAAAUUAAAUGUAUAAAAUAUUCUCCUGAAAUGUCAUGUCACAAUAAAAUGAUUCUGAAUAGUCCAAUACUGUG